AUGCAAAUACUUCACGAACGAUACCAAGUCACUCGAGAUCUCGGCGUCACAAUGUACGGGUGCAUUGUUGCUUGCGAAGACACAAUAAAUGAUUGUAAAGUCAAGCCGAGUCCGGCACUCUUGCCUCCUGUCGUCGUCAAACAAGUAUCACUUGAGCGUCUGGCUAGAACUAUGAAAGAAUUUUCGUUGAAUAAUCAUCUUGUUGACAACCCAUUUGUUGAGAAAGAGAUUGGAGAAAUCAUACGAACAGCCGGGGGACAUCCAAAUCUUGUACAGUACAAAGACUCAUUUAUUGAACGACAAACGCUUUCGCUCGUGAUGGAAUAUUGUGCAGAUGGCGAUUUGUACAACUAUCUUAGUAGACAAAAACAACGAACCAUGGCGUGUUCGAAUGCACUACAUGUGCUAUUUCAAAUUUCAACAGGGUUAGCAUUUCUACACAAACACGGAAUCGCACAUCGUGAUAUUUCACUCGAAAACAUAAUGCUACAUCAAGGACAGAUUAAACUGGGUGAUUUUGGGCUCGCUACAUAUGCUGCUAGUGCUAGUGGUUGUCAAGUGGGAAAGAAAUACUACAUGGCACCCGAGAUUGUUGCAGGCAAGACGUACGAUCCAAAGGUGGCUGAUAUUUGGUCGCUCGGGAUCGUCAUAUUCAUAAUGCUUACAGGUUCGCCACUUGUACCACUAGCAUCAUCGUCCGUCAAGUCGUUCCGAAUAGUACAACAAGUAGGUAUCAAGCCAGUUCUUCAGGCUUGGGGGGUCGCGUCGACCAUGUCAGCAAGCGCUCUACAGCUACUGUCCGGUAUGUUGCAGACCGACCCGCAGAAGCGUCUGACAGUUACUCAAAUCCUUGAGCAUGGAGCGUUAGAAUCAUUCGUGGAGUGUGCUGAUACGUCUAAACUCCAUUGUUAG